GAAGACUCUGUAGAAAUGGGCAGUCGAGUCCACUGCAGAUUUGAGUGUUGAUGAGAUUCCCUUUAACCUGGACAACACCUUUAUUGCAUUGCAAACCCUGGCCCCCGGUUAAAUCCAAAACUACUGAACUGCCCUCUCUCUCUCUCUCUCUCUCUCUCUCUAUGUAACCUCACUCCACACCCACCCACGCCUACACUAACUGAACUUGUUUCUUCUGCUCUCUCUUCUUCCUCUUAAUGCGGUGAUAAGUGCCGACUGAUAUAUAAUAGUAGGAUUUUAGUGUUUUCCAGAUCUUAGCGUUCUUAUGGAAAUGCCCACCGGAAGAAUUCCUAUCUGAUCUUUGUUUAUCCUUUUUGCUUUGAGGUGAGUUCGGUGGGGGUGAUCGAAAGCUAGCUGGUUGUGUGGUUUUGUUCCGGUGCUGUCCCGAGCUCGAAGCUACUAUUUUUUGUGUGGGGAAAAUGGCGGAGGGAGCUGAUGGGAAAUCAAUCCCAGAGUCGGAGAAGAAGAAAGAGCAGAGCCUUCCGUUUCACCAGCUGUUUUCGUUUGCAGAUAAAUAUGACAUUGUUUUGAUGCUGUGUGGCAGUCUUGGGGCAAUCGUGCACGGCUCUUCCAUGCCUGUUUUCUUCUUACUGUUUGGUGAAAUGGUCAAUGGUUUCGGGAAGAACCAAAUGGACUUGACUAAGAUGACACAUGAAGUUGCUAAGUAUGCUCUGUAUUUCGUCUAUCUUGGAUUGAUCGUCUGCUUCUCAUCUUACGCAGAGAUUGCAUGUUGGAUGUACACUGGGGAGAGGCAAGCUGGGGCUUUGAGAAAGAAGUACCUGGAGGCUGUAUUGAAGCAGGACGUCGGAUUCUUUGAUACUGAUGCAAGAACUGGGGAUAUUGUUUUUAGUGUCUCCACAGAUACUCUUCUUGUGCAAGAUGCCAUUAGUGAGAAGGUUGGCAAUUUCAUUCACUAUCUUUCGACGUUUUUGGCGGGGCUUGUGGUUGGUUUUGUCUCUGCAUGGAGGCUGGCUCUGCUCAGCGUUGCUGUGAUUCCUGGAAUCGCCUUUGCUGGUGGUUUAUACGCGUAUACUCUAACGGGGCUCACGUCAAAGAGCCGCGAUUCUUAUGCUAAUGCUGGUAUUAUCGCAGAGCAGUCGAUUGCACAAGUUAGGACAGUUUACUCGUACGUUGGCGAGUCGAAAGCCCUCAGUGCCUAUUCUGAGUUGAUACAGAAUACAUUAAAGCUUGGAUACAAGGCUGGAAUGGCAAAAGGGCUGGGACUAGGAUGCACUUAUGGCAUAGCUUGCAUGUCGUGGGCUCUUGUUUUCUGGUAUGCCGGUGUUUUUAUCCGAAACGGACAGACAGAUGGUGGCAAGGCAUUCACUGCUAUAUUCUCGGCUAUUGUUGGUGGCAUGAGCUUGGGCCAGUCAUUUUCUAAUCUUGGAGCAUUCAGCAAAGGGAAAGCUGCUGGUUACAAAUUAAUGGAAAUAAUCAAGCAGAAGCCGACAAUAGUCGAACACCAAUCAUCGGGUUCAAAGUGCCUGACUGAUGUCAACGGGAACAUUGAGUUCAAGAAUGUAACUUUUAGUUAUCCAUCUCGACCUGACGUCAUCAUAUUCAGAGAUUUCUCCAUCUUUUUCCCUGCUGGGAAAACUGUUGCCGUGGUUGGUGGCAGUGGUUCGGGGAAAAGCACUGUCGUCUCCUUGAUAGAGAGAUUUUAUGACCCUAUUGACGGAGAAAUAUUGCUGGACAAUGUGGACAUCAAGACACUUCAGUUGACAUGGCUCCGCAAUCAGAUCGGCUUGGUGAACCAAGAACCUGCCCUCUUUGCCACCACAAUCCUUGAGAACAUUAUGUACGGAAAGCCCGAUGCGACCAUGGAAGAUGUGGAAGCAGCUGCCUCUGCUGCUAAUGCUCAUAGCUUCAUCACCUUGCUUCCAAAUGGAUACAACACUCAGGUCGGAGAAAGAGGUGUCCAGCUCUCUGGUGGCCAAAAGCAGAGAAUAGCAAUUGCAAGGGCAAUGCUGAAGAACCCAAAAAUUCUUCUUCUCGAUGAGGCGACAAGUGCAUUGGAUGCAGAUUCGGAGAACAUUGUGCAGGAGGCGCUGGAUCGUCUAAUGGUCGGGCGUACUACAGUAGUUGUAGCGCAUCGCCUGUCAACGAUAAGAAACGUUGACUGCAUUGCAGUUAUACAGCAAGGGCAGGUUGUCGAAACAGGCACACAUGAAGAACUAAUCUCCAAAGCUGGUGCAUAUGCGUCCUUAAUAAGAUUCCAGGAAAUGGUGGGGAACAGAGAUUUUUCGAAUCCUUCAACGCGUCGCACACGGUCCUCACGGCUGAGUCAUUCACUGUCCACAAAAUCUCUUAGCCUGCGAUCCGGAAGUUUAAGAAACUUGAGCUAUUCUUAUAGCACUGGUGCUGAUGGUCGAAUAGAAAUGGUAUCCAAUGCCGAAACUGAGAAGAAAACUCCAGCGCCUGCUGGUUACUUCUGCCGGCUUCUUAAAUUAAAUGCUCCGGAGUGGCCCUAUUCUAUCAUGGGAGCUGUUGGAUCUGUUCUUUCCGGCUUCAUCGGUCCUACCUUUGCCAUAGUGAUGAGUAAUAUGAUUGAGGUGUUUUACUACCGAGAUCCAGCUGCCAUGGAACACAAAACAAAGGAGUUUGUUUUCAUUUACAUCGGAGCUGGGCUAUAUGCUGUUGUUGCCUAUCUGAUUCAGCACUAUUUCUUCAGCAUCAUGGGAGAGAAUCUUACAACGAGAGUUAGAAGGAUGAUGCUUGCAGCAAUUUUAAGGAAUGAGGUUGGAUGGUUCGAUGAGGAGGAGAAUAAUUCGAGCCUUCUUGCUGCACGCCUCGCCACCGACGCUGCAGACGUAAAGUCCGCCAUAGCUGAGAGGAUCUCUGUGAUCCUACAAAACAUGACUUCCCUUCUCACUUCCUUCAUAGUUGCCUUCAUAAUUGAAUGGCGGGUUUCGCUGCUCAUUCUCGGCACCUUCCCCCUUCUCGUCCUUGCAAACUUUGCCCAGCAACUCUCUCUCAAAGGAUUCGCCGGGGACACGGCUAAGGCGCAUGCAAAAACUAGUAUGAUUGCGGGCGAAGGAGUCAGCAACAUUAGAACGGUAGCUGCAUUCAAUGCUCAAGAAAAAGUCCUGUCUUUGUUCAGCCAGCAGCUUCGCGUCCCUCAGCAGAGAAGCCUUCGGCGCAGCCAAUGCUCCGGCUUUCUGUUUGGCCUUUCACAGCUAGCUCUCUAUGCCUCUGAAGCACUUAUCCUAUGGUACGGCGCCCACCUUGUUAGCAAUGGCGCAUCCACAUUCUCGAAGGUUAUUAAAGUGUUUGUUGUCUUGGUCAUCACCGCGAAUUCUGUGGCUGAAACAGUAAGUCUUGCCCCAGAAAUCAUCAGGGGUGGAGAAGCUGUUGGCUCAGUGUUCUCGAUUCUGGACCGCACUACAAGGAUUGAUCCGGAUGAUCCUGAGGCCGAGCCUCUUGAAACAAUCCGAGGCGACAUUGAGCUACGCCAUGUUGACUUUGCAUAUCCUUCCCGCCCGGAUGUAAUGGUGUUCAAGGAUUUCAACUUGAGAAUUCGAGCAGGGCAGAGCCAAGCUUUAGUUGGCGCAAGUGGUUCGGGAAAGAGUUCGGUCAUAGCCCUGAUCGAGAGGUUUUACGAUCCUAUCGGAGGGAAAGUCAUGAUUGAUGGCAAAGACAUUCGGAGACUACACUUGAAGUCCCUUCGCCUAAAGAUUGGUCUAGUUCAGCAAGAACCGGCGCUGUUUGCAGCCAGCAUUUUUGACAACAUCGCUUACGGCAAAGAUGGCGCAACUGAAUCAGAGGUCGUCGAAGCAGCGCGUGCAGCCAAUGUGCACACAUUUGUCAGUGGUUUGCCCGAGGGGUACAAAACCCCUGUAGGCGAGAGAGGCGUCCAGCUCUCUGGAGGACAAAAGCAACGAAUUGCCAUUGCGCGAGCUGUCCUCAAGGACCCAUCGAUCCUCUUGCUCGAUGAGGCCACGAGUGCUCUCGACGCAGAGUCUGAAUGCGUGCUGCAGGAAGCACUCGAUAGGCUUAUGAAAGGCAGAACCACGGUGCUCGUCGCGCACCGGCUGUCCACCAUAUGUGGGGUGAACUCUAUUGCCGUGGUUCAAGAUGGGCGCAUCGUGGAGCAAGGCAGCCACGGGGACCUCAUCGGCAGGCCCGACGGCGCGUAUUUCCGGCUGCUGCAGCUGCAGCACCAUCGCAUAUGAGAAAAAAAAAAGUUAAAAAGGACUUGAGUAAUUAAUUAACCAUUGUUUUGAUUUCUUUUUAAUUCUGUUGUCUUGUUUUCUGUGUAUGAUGGAUCUUGGUGGUGAUGAUGAUAGUUGUAGAUAAUUUGGAUAUAAAGACUGCUUGCUACC